AUGGCAUCUGGAAAUAUCGGAAGGGAUAAUGACAUGGAGCUUAACUUCGAGAUCACCGAUCAAAAUGGUCGGGAUGCCACGCAAGAUUCAUUAACGGAAGAAGCGAAGUUCCUUCUCACUACUCAUAAACCGACACGGAUCGACAUUUUCCAGAAAGAGCGGGCGCUGUCAGAUUAUCGAAGUAACACGCUAACUCCCAGUACAGUUAAACGCACAAGAAGUGUUUUGUCAGAUGCAACACCUGUCUCGGCAGCAGCUUUCAGUGAAGACACGUUAUCAUCUCCGCAACACCAUACUUAUCUAAAUAUUGCUGAAACUAAGGAGGAAAACAAACAGCUCAGGGAGGAAAUAUUCGACUCGAAGUCACAACUGCUUUUGUUGAAAAGAAAAUUACUACCAAUAUUAGACAGUCAAGGAAAGGAUUUCAGUGAAGAAUACCUGAUGAUGCUGAAGGGACUGGAUAAUGAAAAAAUCCGGCAAGCAGAAUUGAAACAGAUAUGUCAGUUACGAAACAAAAAACUCGAUGAAGGAAAAUCGCAAACCUUAAGUGAAAGAAAUGAUUGGGAAAAGGAGCGCGAAAGGCUGCUUAUGAAUAUGAAUGAACUUACAUCCGAAUUGAAAAAGGCACGCCAGCAGUUACUUGAAAAACACGGUGAACGUGAUGAUUGCAAUGAAAGUCAGGGCGACAGUUCUUUGAGCACUAUCUCGCUAAUAUCGGAAAGAGGCAUGGAAAUCGAGAGACUGCGUUCAGCAGUUCUUCAGCAAAAUGUCGAUGAGAAGAAGUUUCGAAUGGAAAUGGAACAAAACAUAAUUCAAUUACAAGAACAGCUGAAGCUUGCUCAAGAUAAUUUGGCGAAGCAGAAUAUUAAUUACACAAAAGAGAAAACGCGCUGUGAGACAUUGAAAGCUGAAAUGACAAAGCUUCAGCAGGUUGUGACCGAAGCUAGACAGGAAGUAGAAUAUCAGAAACAGAUCUCUGAAGAGCAACUGGCUAAAGCUCAUGCUAUCAAUGAAAUUGCGUUGAAUAAACGAGACCGCACUAUUCGUAUAUUGCUAAAGAAAUUGAAAUCAGUUGAUGCUCAAGCAUCUUCCACUUCGAAAAUCGAAGCGAGCAAUUUGUCGUCACUGCGUCAUGAUGUUCCGAAUUUGAAUCCCUAUGCUCAAGCAAUACUACACCGAAUUAAUGAGUUCACUGUCGAGAAUGAUGCUAUUCGAAAGAAAGUGAUUGAAUGGGGUGCUACAAAUAUCGAUUUAACAGCAGAAAUUGAAUCUAGCGAAACGGCAUCCACUGAAGAUGAGAGCUCUGAAUGGAAUACGAAGCAUUGUGAACGCGAGAACGAAAAAUUGGCAGUAUUUCUAGCGCAAAAUAAAACUAUUCCUGAUAUUUCAAAUGAAGAAGAACUGAGAGAAAAACUUGCAUUAUUCGAUGCUGUAAAUGAUUCUGGAAGGAAAUGUCCGAAAGAGGAGUUAGAUGAUACUCCACGAAAUAUGAGGGCUUCUGAGAUGUUGAACGUAACAUCAACAGCUGAUCUUUUGAGCAAAUCUUUGACACUGACAGAAGAUCUUGGUGAGAUUAAGAAAAAACUUUCGGUUUUGCAAUCUUCUUGCACUCGUCUCUUUGAGAAAUUGCGAGGUACGGCUAACUUUUUGCAGACUCUUCUUGAUGAACUGGGCUCAGGCGAUCAAGGUAGAGAACUGCUGGCUAAGAUAGAAGCACUUCGUAUCGAUCUUGAUUACUCUCUGGCAACAGCUAUUGAUAUUAGUCGUGACGUUGAAGCCGCAGAGGAAGGCGUCGGAGAUUUGUCUGCUCAUUUGCAACAAUCAUUACUGAAUUGUUCGUUCGGUGUAUCAUCGGUACCAUCUAAUGAAAAUCAGGAUGCUCUUUCACGGGCUCAGAGAGCUUGUAGACGAUUAAAUGUCGACUUAGCAAACGAAAAAAUGAAAGUAAAUGAAUCCACUAAACUUAAUGAAAAGCUUCAAGCGCAUGUUGCCGACUUGGAAGAAUCAAAGGAAAAAUUGAUCGAUGAGCUGAAUGAAUUGAAGAAAAAUAUGGCAGAAAAAAAAAGUGAAAUGAUUUCAUCGGUGAAAGAUAUGGAAAUACAACUUCAGCAUAAGAAUCAGCAGUAUGAUGAGCUCUGUAAAAAAGUCGAGGAACUUCAGCAAACAGUUAAGGCGAAAGAAGUUUUCGCUGCGGAGAGGGAAUUCGAGAUGAAGCAGCUAAAAGAUCAAAUGAAUAAGAAGUGUCACGAAUUGGAAGUUCAAGUUAAAGAAAUUACUAACAAUCUGAAAGUAAAGGAUGAAUCAAUCGAAAAACUUCUAAUUGAUGUUGAAAAUUAUAACGACCAAUUGUCGUCACGUAACAAUGAACUAGCUCAUUACAGAAAUGAGAUUAUUGGUUUAGAGAACAAAAUGUGCGAAUUGAUUGGUACUUUAAGAGAAAAUUUGGGAAUUGUUCAGAAACAAGUUGACAAACCAGUUGUGGAAGCUGAAAAUAUGGAAAUAGCUGCAUUAACUCAACUAUCGCAAAUCGCAGCAGAUUUUGAGGAAUUAACUAAAGUCAGUAAUUAUAUUGCUGAUUUAAAAAGUCAAAUGGCUAAUCUUCAACAGAAAUUGGAUCUAUGUGAAAGAAGUCGUAAUGCCAUCAGUUUAAAAUGUCGUGGAUUGUCUGACCAAAAUGCUUAUCUUGAAGCAGAGCGUAAUGGAGACAAGCAAAAGUUAUUCACUCUUCAGCAACAAAUACAAAUAGAAAAAGAGUCGAUGAAAAUGAUGGAAAGAGAUUUACAACGUUUAAAAUCUGAAAAUAGUUAUGUCAAGGAAAAUAAUGAAAGAUUAACGAAUAUGUUAGUGAACGUGGAAACAAAAUACGAAGAAUUGAUUUCGAAACCAAAUCAUAGUUCUCUUUCCGAGAGGCAGCAUUCGGAGCGAUAUACAAUGACUGUUAGUACUAUGACUGUUAUCUCUUCGCAUGAUUUUGUUGAAUUGACGGAUAAGGCAAAAACACUUGCUUCAUUCACGAAACGAAUGUAUACACUUGCAGCCCGAUGGAAUGGCGAGACUGUUGUUACCACCAUGAUUUCAUAUAAACAGGCUGAUCUAGAUCAUCUUUAUCACACUUAUGCCCGGAUUUUGAAUUGCUUGUCAGAUGGAUUCAGUGAACUACGAAAUAGGAUAGUCUUGGGCAAAGUCAAGCUACAGUCGAUUAUUUCUGAAGAACAACAAAAUUCUCAACAGACUAAAAGUGGAAAUUCAAGAUCAAGUAAUGAGGAAUUGAGUACGAACUGUUUCAUCCCUGUAGACGGGUCACAAAAAGAGCUGCUAUCAGUUGAUCUGCGAACACUUUUCAAUGAUGCCGACCAAAUUGUUGAGAAGCUUAGUGCCAUUUCAAAUAAACUACAUAAUGCAGAAAUAUUGGAAGUGCUGUCGAACAUGAGAUUAUUACAAUUUCAAAUUGAUUAUCUGUGCGAACAUUCGCGACAUUUUGAGAAAACUAAAGAAAAUUUUGCUCCGAUGGAAGCACUUCAAUUAGAAAAUGAUCGUUUGCAAACAGCACUUACCGAUGCAAGAAUUUUGCUACAAAGAGCUCAUGAACGACUGAAUAAACUGCCUAAUUCGAAAGAUAUGUGCGAACAGAUAUUGUGUGAAAUGAACGAAAUUAGUAAAGUAAUGAAGGCGACAACGCGCGAGGUACAUCGCAUAGGAAGCCAUUCAAGAGUUGUAAAAAGCUAUAAGUAG